UACAGUUGACGGUUGCACCUGCUAUUGUAGUAAAAACGUAGUAGUGGUUAAAUUGUGCCCUUUAUAUUUAUAUCUGUGCACCUAACUGCUAUGCGAAAGUAAAAUAAAACGACAUUGUUUUUACUGGGUUCGGUAUUUUUCCAAAAUUAGCUAAGUUUCGGAAUUGAUCGUCAUCUUCAUGAUGGAAUCUCAUCCUCUGAAUUUGGCUCACCAACAGCACCGUCGGGCUGAGGCGCACCUCGUGAAUAAUAAAUACGAUGAAGCAAUGCAAUGCCAUCAAAACGCAGCUGAACUUCUUUUAGACGCAAUGAAAUCCACUACUUCUUCAAUUGCUUUAGAGUCUAUCACCCUUCAGCGCAGUUAUCACCUAAAACAAAAGGACUUGAUCAAAAGUAAAAAAGAACAAUAUUUUCGUGUGAAGAAAGCUAUGGAUAAUUUGAAAUGUUUAGGAUAUGAACAAUUGCAGAAUCUGCAAGGUAGUGAUUCUACCAGAUUAGAAGUUGCCAUUUACAGAACUAUAUUUGAACAUGAGAGUUUAAUAAAAAUGUUGAUUGCUAAGAAUGAUGUUGGAAAAGGCAAAGAUGUGAACAGAGGAGAUACAAUUGAUGGCAAAAAAAUAGAAAAAGAAGAAAAAAUCCUUGAAGAGUUAAAACAUUUAAAUGAAAAUAUGCAUAGACUUGUUGAUCAGUUAAUUCUACAAGUAGAGGUUCUAAAAGAUGAUAGUGAAACCUUAAAAGAUAAAGUUAACUUCUUAGAAAAGGAGCGAAUGAGAUAUCUAUAUACGUCAGCACAAAAUGAGCUCAAUGUGAUAAACAUUGGUAGUGGCAUGUGCGAUGAAAGCAUUAAAGAAACUGUUCCAAGAGUGCCUAUCACUAAACUAACAAGCGAAGGAAAACCAUUGAACCUUCAACCAAACUUUGAUUUAAGCGCCUUUAAGAUUUAGACACAAUGGUAGUAAAUGUACCUACCUUUUAAGUAUUAGAUUAUUCUCAAAGUAUUAUUUGGAUAAGGCAGGUGCCUAUAAUUUUUUAUAUCAAUGAAAAUAAUAAAAAAUAUAAGGUUGAAAUAAAUAAUAAUAAUUGAACAGAAUUUUUUUUCCUGUAGAAACAAAUGUAAGAAAACAUAAAUAAAUAUUUUAUCUUUAAA